AUGGUGCUCAAGCUUGAUAUCUCUAAGGCUUAUGAUAGAGUCAACUGGAACUUUCUCUUCAAAGUUUUGAAGACAAUGGGGUUUGGAGAUAAACUCAUUAAACUUAUUGGGGAAUGCAUAUCUAUGGUUACCUACUUUGUGCUUUUCAAUGGGAGCCCCCUGGAUAAGUUCAGGGCUUCCAGAGGUCUGCAACAAGGGGAUCCUCUCUCCCCUUACCUUUUCAUCAUCCUUGUUGAAGUGUUGGCUUCCAAUUUGAACUUCAUGGUUAACAGGGGAGCUCUCUUGGGCAUCAAACCUGCCUCUACGAUGCCUCCUAAUGUUUUGCAGCAGUUUGUCAAUGACACUAUUCUCUUUGGUAUCUCCACUGUGUGGGAAGCUAUGACUUGGAAAUCCUUUCUUAACUCUUAUGCUCAAGCCUCUAGUCAACACAUUAACUAUUAG